AGAACCUGUCAAUUCCUCUCACUCCCAGAGCACAAGUUCUUCAAAGUAGUUUACUGCAUGUUGUCACGGGAGCUAUAGACUCACCACAUUCAGACGCAUUUCACAGCUCAACCCAAAACACUCAGGGCGUCUCACCUCAGCCCUCCAUGCUUCUGCAAUCCGGCGGGUGUUAAGAUCCAUGGAAGUGGCCGGCUUCUACGAGGAGGGCAGCUUUGCUAUCCACAGUAGAGACAGCGUUAUCAGCCCCAUCGGCGGCGGCUCAUAUUGGAGGCUCGGUGACUCGAUGACGGAGCUGGGCAUUGAAGAGCGGGAGAGAGCGAUAGACUUCAGUGUUUACCUGGACUCAGCUUUGCACUACCCGCAACUGGCGGCGCAGACGCAGCAGCAGCAGGGGGACGUUUUCUCAGAUUUCUUGGCAGAGAACAAGAGAAGAGUUGCAGCUUUGCAGAACUACAAGAACUACUCGCUACUGAACGAGCUGGAGACGAGCCAGUGCGACAACCUGAGGGACCCCAGGGAGCCCUACGCGCUAGGUUACCCGGAGCUGCAGGAAACCCGCGUGGAUAGCGUGCUGAGCCCUGAACUCGGGAGCCGCUACAGAGCUGCUGCUGCUGUUGCCGCCGACAGAGAAGACAGUCAAGAAGACGCAAAGAUGGAGAACGGCUCGUCUGCUUUUGACAUGAGGUCCUACAUUCAUUACCAGUCCACUAGUGGCAGUCUCGGAAACAUCUCCACUGCGUCCUCGACUUGUUCCAGCCCGCCCGGCACACCUGCUCCGUCAGGUAAAAGCAGGUCACCAUCGCACAGCGGCAAAAUGUCAAGCGGGAAGGCAAAGAAACGUCUGGACAAGGACAGUGAAGAGUACAGGGUGAGGCGGGAGAGGAACAACCUCGCCGUGAGGAAGAGCAGGGACAAAGCCAAAAUGCGCAACUUGGAGACUCAACACAAAGUGCUGGAACUGGCCGCUGAGAACGAUCGUUUACAAAAGCGAGUGGAGCAGCUGUCCAGAGAGCUGGCCACCCUGCGCAACCUGCUCUCUGCCACCGGACAGUGUUAAAACACACACACACACACACUCACACACCGGAGACUCUGCACGGAUCUCCGUGCUGUUGUCUGAUCAUCGGUGGACUUUAGAGCCGAAAGGGAAUCCACUGUGCUGAAAACGGUACGCUUCACAGGUGAAGACGGCGACCACCAGUUUACAAGGACACUUUGAAUGGGACUGAAGGAGUGGGUGCAUGUAUUGCGCAAUCAUUCACGACUCUUCACAUGUCACCUUAGCUUUAUUUUCAGAUGUGAUUUUUGUUUUCUUUUUUUGUGUGUGUGUGUGUAUGCAGUAUUUCUGUGCAGGUUUUACGUACAUGCGAGUGAAUUUCUACAUUUUUUGUGUGUAUCUGGAGCAGUGGUUGUCAAGGGAAGAGUUGUGCUGCAGUGAAAUGAUGCAACUCUUUGUAAUAGUAUUGGCAAUGAAUGAAAUAAGUCUAAUUAUUUAAUAUUGAAAGGUGAAAUGCUUUAAUUGUACUUGAUAUUUUAUUGAAUUAAACAGAUUUAUACUUUGUUUAAACAA